AAAAAAAGAGCCAUUCUGUCGAAAGAUAAAACAGGAAUAUUAGAGAAUUACUACCAGAAUAACUUCAACUUUCCCUAUCCUGAUCGGGAAACAUGUGAGUCCCUGGCCAGCCAGUGCGGAAUUUCCGGCUCUCAAGUUAAUAAGUGGUUCAGUAAUAGGAGGAACAAGGACAAA